UGAGCACCCUAUGUAUGCAGGUCCGGGGUCUCGAAGGAGCCUAGCUGAGGCCUGCCUACAUACUGUAACUACCUGGGUACAGUACCAACUCACAUUAAGGCGGUGGAAGGCGAUCCCAGCCAGCCAGUCAGUCCAGAGCCGUACGGUACGGUACUGUAAGUAUGUAUGUCCGUACAGUGCCUAGUUUUCACUGUAUGCGAACGGACAUGGCUGCUUACUGCUCUAGGGUAUCUUCUUUCGCCCGUCCCGUCCCGUCCCGUCCCGUCCAUCUUCUUCUUCUUCGUCGUCGUCAUCGUCGUAGAUCUCGCUCCUACAACCUCAAUCCAAUCCAAUUUGCCCCGGCGGCGGAUCGAGCCUCUUUCCGUCUUCUUUGCCUAGUCCUAUCUUGCCUGCUCGCAAGAACCCCAGGAAACGGCGCGCCACGUUACGAAUCCGAAUACGAAAAACAUCCCGCAGCAGCAGCAGCAGUAGCAGCAGCGCAAUCUAGAGCCAGCAGCACGCGGCGCGCCCACCCAGCCCUCCCCUCCGCAGACAAAACCCUUGUUCUAGCGGGAAUAGAGCCCGCUCCUAGGUACAUAGGUAGCUAUUCCCGGCACGGCGUGCAUCGGAUCGGACGUAGUCAGGUAGAAUCAUCGAACGGGCGAGCAAAAGAGGCAACACCACCAACACCUAGGCAGCGACGCCCACCGCUGCCGCCGCCCACUCACACACCGAAGCGCCCGGCCCUGCAGCACGACCUACCUACCUAGCUAGCCUCUCGCGCACCGAACGCCCCACCCCGCCCCCCUGCGCGUACGCAGUAAGCAAGCAAGCAGUAAGCACCCUAACCCCGACCCCACGCCCACCGGUACAGUACAGGAC